UUUAAUAGGAAAGUGACAAAAUUUUUUGGGACAGAUAAAAAGGAAAGUUGGUAAAGUUCAAUGGGACGGAGGAAGUAUAAUUGAAGAUGAAGAUAAAGAAAAGUAGGAUUGCCAUUAAAUUUUUAGUAUUUUAAUUUGAUGGAAAAAAAAGAAUUGAACAAAAGAAAAAUAAAUAAAGAAAAGUAAAAGAAAAGAAAUGAACGUUGCUCCACGAAGAAAGAAAAGGGAAAGUAUGCACUUGCCAAAAGUGGGAUCGGCACACCACGCGGAAUGUGCGCCGAUCCACGGUAUAAUUUGCGCAAUAUUAGAUACUUCAUAUUAAAAGUAAAGAAUACACCAUUUUAAAAGAUCUGAUAAAAUAAGGGCUUUUUACUUGAAUAUUAGUAAUUUAGAGCCAAUUUCCCAAAAAGUGACCACUUUUAUAAAAGGACAAAAAUGUGACAAAGAAGGUCAUAUAUUUGGAAAACAUAGUGUCUGCUGGUUUUCAUGUCAAUUUUAUAUGUCACUUCCGCCGUCAAACGUGUCACUGUGCAGCUAACCAUGUCACUAUGUCAUCGCCGACCACCACCUCCGACCACUGCCGGGGACCACCACCUCCGGCCAUUGCCGGCGACUACCACCACAACAUCAAGCCCCAGCCAUGCUCCCUGACCCGAUCCAGCAACUUCCACAACCCCCUCCCAGCCCUUCCCAGCCCCAUCUCCCUCCCAAAACCACCGCACCCCACCCCACACCCCACCCCUACUCCUUGAUAAAGUGGAGCAUCGGCACCUUCCUAACAAUCCUCGCCCCACCGACGCUCUAGCCGUAGCCGCAGCCGCCCAGAUCUAGCCGCACAACCGCUCCAAGUAGAUCUGCAACUGCACCAUCCAUCGAUUCCGGCGGCGCUCGAACAGAAAUAGAAGGAGAAGAAACAGGCUAGAGAAGAAGGCAAUUUCGAUGAACUUCGAUUAACUUCCAAGCGGACAACAACCUGUUCACCCAACCUUCCCAGCCUUAGCCCCCCUCCCCAUCUGUUACACCUCCACCUGCAAGCCGCCGCCCAUCGUUGAACCAUAGACGUCGUCAAUCUCCGAACCAAGUCGCUUCCAUCGCCAAACCAUAGCCACCGCCAUCUCCGAACUGUAGACACGACGGAGAAGAAAGGAGAGGCAAAUCUAGAAGAGAAACUAUUGCUACCUUCGACGGAGCAGCCAAAAGCGGCGGCGAAGCGCUGGUGGCCGGAGGCGACGAAGUAUGGCUACCUUUGGCGGAGCAGCAAGAUUGGAGGUGCCGAUUUGGGAAUGGAAGAGGAAAUCUGGUGGAAGCGCGCAUUUGGCAGAUGAACUAUGCACAGGGACGGAAUGAAGUACGGCUAAAAUUUUACACCCUUUUUUUGUCUAUCUCAAUUUUGGUCAUUUUUUUGUCCGAGGAAAGCGGUGGAGUAAUAUCUAAAUUUUUAGUAUUUUAAUUUGAUGGAAAAAAAAGAAUUGAACAAAAGAAAAAUAAAUAAAGAAAAGCAAAAGAAAAGGAAUGAACGUUGCUCCACGAAGAAAGAAAAUGGAAAGUAUGCACUUGCCAAAAGUGGGAUCGGCACACCACGCGGAAUGUGCGCCGAUCCACGGUAUAAUUUGCACAAUAUUAGAUACUUCAUAUUAAAAGUAAAGAAUACACCGUUACAAAAGAUCUCAUAAAAUAAACGGGAAAGGAAAGUAUUUUAUAUUUAUAAGAAACAAUUGCCAAUUCCGUCCCAUUCCAUAUAGACUUCAGAGUUCAGACGGAAAAUCAAAUCUUCUUUUAACUACAACUCCAAUUUGUCCUGUAUAUAUAUAUAUAUAUAUACAUUAUUCAAAACAGCCGGAAAUCAAAUCGUAAAUUGUUACAGAUGUUUAAAAAGACCUUCUUCUACAACUUCAUCCCAAGCAAGGUUGAAGAAGAGGCGUGCAUGGCCGGCACCGGCACGUGGCAAGUGACACGUACGCUGGUGGAGGUGCGUGACUGUUUCCCGCCGCCGAUGGUGGAUCCGGCGAACCCAUGGCAGAUCAGAAAAAUGCUAACGCAUUACGAAGCGAUCGCCGGGAAGCUGGUGGUGCCGUUCGCCGACGCGUUUGACCACGUUUUCCGGUACUGGGGUCUUUGCAUGGUCAACCAGGUGGUUAUGGGGCAGAAGAGCAACGUCGUACUUUGGGACGUGACGGACCAAAAUAGCCCUAAGAGGUACGGCGGCUGGUUCGAAGUUCUUCCCGGCGACGAUUACAUUCUGGCGUGCAUGGAUCUGUUCAAAGACCGGGGCAUGGCGGUGGACGACGAGGUUGGACUUUAUUGGGAUUUCAAGAGUUCAGCUUUUCACUUCAAGCUACUACUUCACAAGAUUGCCAAGUGAUUAUUAUUCAAAAAUUGUUCUUACACAGUUGCAGACUUUAUUGUAUACGCGUGUGUGAGAAGCUAUUUUUUUGUGCCUGUUCAGUGUUUACACACAAAAAAUAGAUGUUCACAUACGUGUAGGUGAGACCCAUCCAUCGAUUAUCAAGUUGGGCUCCAAAGGAGUGUUACUCUUUUGACUUGAGUUCAGCCACCGACCGGUGACGUGUGUCCAUUCCAGUGGAGGACCUAGGGAGGGGCCUAGGGGAAUAAGUGUCGCCGCUUUCAGCAAGUAAUUUCACUACUACUACUUAGAAUAAAAUAAGUGUCCCACUUCCGGCCAAGAAUUUCACUACUAGUGUACCCGUAUUCUGACAAAUCUCUGGGUCCGUCACUGAUCCAUUCACAACAAACAAAAAUACAGAAUUGUCACGGAUUUGACACGGCUUUACCAACAAUUUUGUGUCAAAAAAUAGCUCGUGCCUAGGGAUGGACCCGGGCCGGUCCGGUUCCGAUUCCGGGCCGGGCCCGGGAGGGCUUUUUUGCAAAUCCUU